AUGCAGUCCAUGCACCGACAACUGGGGAAGAUAAAACCUAGAGGGUCAGGAGAUGAUGCCAAAGUCUCGGUCCUUUUGCAGGACUUCACCAAUGUAGAUGAAGUAUUGACGAGCAUCGUUCACACCUCCAGGGCCUGGAGAGAUGCGUGGUUAUCAAUACUGGCUUUACAACUGAAUGCAGUAACCGUUUUCGAGGAGAUCUACAACCCGAUAGUUGGAGCCACGUCGGAAGGGCACGGACAUUAUGCCAUCAUGACCCCCCAGACCAUGUUGACCAAAACGAAGAAUCUGAAGGAGGCAUACGCCGAACUUAAAGCAGACCUGCUGGAAGAAUUGAACUUGGUAGAUCCAAGGAUCAUCCGACCUGCCACAGAGGUUUUAGAAUGCAUUAAGCCGAUAAAAAAAACAAUAAAAAAUCGCGAGAGCAAACGAAUAGACUAUGAGAGCUACCAGGACCGUGUCGACAAAAAGAGGAGGCAAAAGCGCUCUGAAAAAGAAGAAGCGGGUUUAUUAAAGUUGGAAGCAGACAUGGGGAAAGCAGCUGACGAUUUUCGUUACGCAGACGAUCGUCUACGUGAGAGCCUGCCACCUAUAAUCGCAGCAGCAUUUUCUAUUCUCCCGCACAUCUUGGCUGCUCAGGUUUUGAUACAAAACACACUUCUAGCUCAAUACUACACAACGCUCCACAACUAUUGCACGGAGGAGGGGUUUCCCUCUCCUGCACCGCCUACGCAGGACAUAGUGGGAGAAUGGGAUAGCGAUUUCAAAAGAAUCCAACAAGAUGUGGAAUCUAUAAACACCAUUGCUCGAGGAAAGGCGAUACAUGCUCCCAUGGUGCUUGGCGAUGACUCAGAAACUCGCCGAGGCUCGUCCAUGUCCGGCCUCAACUUAAGAAACAACCUCGCAGCGCGCAGAUCAAAUACGCAAAGCAGUCUCCCGUCGAUGAGCCGCCUUGGUGGUAACCUUUCUGCUGGGGCAUCGCGCCUUUCACCCUCGGGUCACAAUUCUGGCAGCCCGCAAGCACCGGAGCCUCAACGAGAAUACGACGAACCUGAGGCGGAGAGAAAUAACCCACUUUCUCACGCUUCAACCCCACCAUAUUCUCCGGCCGGUCCCGUUCGAUAUUAUUUUCAAGGUCAGGACUCCCAAUCGGCUAGGAAUAUGUCUUCCGCAAUAGCAGCAAAGAAAAAGGCUCCACCGCCUCCGCCAAAGCGUAUCCAAUCGUCCAACGAACAGUGGGUUACAGCACUGUAUACUUUCACUGGCCAAGAGAGCGAUGAUCUGGCCUUCGAAGAGGGUGAUCGGAUCAAGGUCAUCAAGAAAACCGACAGUACCGAUGACUGGUGGGACGGUGCAUUACGAGGCGUCAGAGGUAGGUUUCCUGCAAAUUACGUCGAGUUAUAA